AUGUCGGACUAUUACACAGCCAACCCCUCCCUAGGUUAUACACACUUCAAACGGUCACCAAGCAUCAAGAGUGAAGAAGCUCUCGAUCUCCGUGGCCCUUUGGAGGUCACCGGAAAUGUCGAAUCCGGACGUGGUAUCAACCUAGAAGGAGAAAUCAUCAUUAGCGGUAGUCUUGACGCGUAUGGUCCGCUCACCAUGAAUGGUAGCAUCAGUUGCGAGUAG